UUUCCUCAGCGCCCCCGGGGCGGCGCGGCUGCAUCAGCGCUGACGUGAAGCCGACGUGCGGCUCCGCCCGGCCCAAUCCCCCCCACCCCCUGUGACGGGGGCAGCACGUACAGGGCGGCGGGCAGAUGACCAUGGAAAUGGUUGAGUCACAACAGGAUGACAAUGCAGGAGAUACUGUGCCAGAGCAAGAUGCUGGUCACCUGAAGAACCAGCCAGGCCAAAGUCAUAUUUCCCCAGGAUCUGAGGUUUCUGUAGCUGCAUCAAGUGCCGGAAGAUCCCUAGCGCAGUUGCCGUCUGGUCAAACUGUUCAUGCCCAGGGUGUCAUUCAAGCCACGCAGCACUCAGUCAUUCAAUCACCACAUAUGCAAGCUGUUCAGGCAGCGUCGGCUGCAGAUGAAUCUACUGAGUCUGAAGGAGUCACUGAUUCUCAAAAACGCAGGGAAAUACUUUCAAGAAGGCCUUCAUACCGAAAAAUUCUGAAUGAACUCUCAUCAGAUGCUCCUGCAGUACCAAGGAUUGAAGAAGAAGAGAAGUCAGAAGAUGAGGGAGCACCUUCUGGAAUUUCUGCAAUGACCGUCCCCACCAGCCUGUACCAUUCUAGCACGGGGCAAUACAUUACCAUAACUCAAGGUGGAACAAUCCAGAUUUCUAAUCCACCCCCUGAUGCUGUCCAUGGACUACAGACAUUAGCAAUGACAAAUUCAGGAGCUCCUCAACCAGGUGCUACCAUUGUGCAAUAUGCAGGGCAAUCACCUGAUGGAACACAACAGUUUUUUCUUCCUGGAAGCCAAGUUGUUGUUCAAGCUGCCACUGGAGACAUGCCGGGUUACCAGAUUCGAAAUCCAACUACUAACUUACCUCAGGGAGUGGUAAUGGCAGCCUCACCAGGGACUAUAUGUAGCCCUCAGCAAGUGGCAGAAGAGGCAACACGCAAGAGAGAACUGAGACUUAUGAAAAACAGGGAAGCUGCUAAAGAAUGUCGACGUCGGAAGAAAGAAUACAUAAGAUGUCUGGAGAGUCGUGUUGCAGUGCUAGAAAUUCAGAACAAGAAACUUAUAGAGGAGCUUGAAACCCUAAAAGACAUUUGCUCUUCCAAAACAGAUUAGUAAAAAUAUUUAUUAUACUGUGAACUAAGAUAUGUCCAGUUGCUUUAUAAGGCAAUACAUGGCCAACACAAAUUAUGGCUUUCUCUGUGUCAUUUAUAUUAUUUUCCAACUCCUGACAUUCCUGAAUUGCUUUCCUGCUUUUUGUCAAUUCAUAGCUCUAGUUCUAGGUUUUUCAUGCUCCUCCCUUCCAUCUCCAAGGAACCAAAUGCUUUUAAGAAAAAAAAAAAGAAGUAACAGAGUAAAAACCUGCAUCAUUUCUAAGAGCUGUUUCUUUGCCAUAUAUUUACAUACUACUUUUUACCUGUUGCUGAGUAUCCUGCACCUAUGAAAUAUUUUGCAGUUGUUUUAGAUGAAUCGUAAUGGUAAUACAUCAGUAAUAGAAGAAAAAUCAACCAACCCAAGGUAUCUCAGGAAAGAGUUUAUAAAAGAAUGUUAUGAUUACAUGUAUGUACUAGCAUACUAGUCUACAGAUGAUUUUAUGGCAUAUUUUUAUAUUAGUUGCUUUGUGGGGGGAA